CAGAAAUAUGCAGCUGCAAAGAGUAUGUAAUAUCUACAAAAGACCUGACACUGGAUUGGGACGACCCUACUGUCUCCAACUGAACCACGGGGUACUAGGUAAUCUGACUGGCAUCUCUCGCCAGCGCUGUCGAGAUUGUCAGGAGAUAUGGCGAGACUGCAUUCGCGAUUAAUACAAGAUAAUUGAAAAUACUGGGACCACAAGGGCGUCUUGUUGCUGAUUCCAGGAUGCUAUCACCUACACUGCACAGCGAUCUGGUCAGGACUCAGUUCGCCCUACACCAGAGUCUCCUCUUCCGUGCAGCCAAGGGGCUCUCUAGAAAGCGGCUCUUCACAGCUUCCCCAGUCCAGGCAGCCAAGCGGGGCAAGGGGGACUCAGGCAGUGGUGGCGGUCGCAGCAGCGGUCCCCUCUACAUCACUGUGGAGAAGGAUGGAUCGGACAUCUGGAGGCUAGACCCUGUCAUCAAGAUGCUCAAGGAGGGCGCAAUGGGCAUUUUACCAACGGACACCUACCCGGCGCUAGUGUGCGACAUAGAGGCGCGCAAGGCAGUGGAGAGGCUGUACGCAGCCAAGGACAUGGAGCCCACCAAGCAGCUGUCCAUUCUAGUGAGAAAUUACGCCGACAUAAACACCUACACACUCGGCUUCCCCUCAACUGAACUGGGCCAGGACACCUUCAGGCUGGCUCGUCGAGCGCUCCCCGGCCCGUACACGCUGAUCCUGCACGCGAGCAAGGCGAUGCCCAAGCAGUGCGUGGACUUCCUCACCGGAAAGUCCAAACCGCGCCGCACCGUCGGCGUUCGCAUGCCAGGGGACACCCUCUGUCAGGCGGUGUUGCAGGAGCUGGAGCGGCCGCUGCUGAGCACGAGUGUGCACGUGGAGGCGGAGGGGGAGCUGGAGAUCCCAGAGGGCGCGGUGAUGAUGGACAUGUUUGCCGGCCGCGGCCUCGACUUCGUGGUUGACUGCGGCACCCGGAUAGCGGAGGGAUCUACAAUUAUAGACUUGACCGAAAGGGAGCCCACCCUCAUUCGGCAGGGCAAGGGAGAUCCCUCAAUUUUUGUCUCUGACUAUGCUUAUGCCUAA